AUGUCUAACGUCGUUGAUGAAUCGAACUUUUUAUCACCGAUGAUGGAUGGUGGUUCUGGUUCAAUGAUUACCAAAGAAAGAAGAAGAAGUUCAGUAAUCUCAAUGGAGUCUGGGAAGACUAAAUAUAUGCCUCCUUGGACCACUCCUUAUAUUAUUGGUAUUGGUGGUACUUCUGGUUCAGGUAAGACUAGUGUUGCUGCCAAGAUUGUUUCAUCUAUCGAUGUUCCAUGGACAGUUUUGAUAUCGAUGGAUAAUUUUUACAAGCCUCUUAAUCAAGAAGAUCGUAAGAGGGCUUUUGCUAAUGAGUAUGAUUUUGAUGAACCCGCUGCCAUCGAUACCGAUUUAGCUUAUGAGUGUAUCUUAUCUUUAAAGGAAGGUAAAAAGACUACUAUUCCAGUUUAUAGUUUUAUUAAUCAUAAUAGGGAUCCUGAUAAAAGCAUAAAUAUUUAUGGUGCUAGUGUUAUCAUCAUUGAAGGUCUAUAUGCAUUAUACGAUAAAAGAUUAAUGGAUUUAAUGGAUCUAAAAAUAUUUGUUGAUGCAGACUUAGACGUUUGUUUAGCAAGAAGAUUAUCCAGAGAUAUCGUCUCUAGAGGAAGAGACCUUGCCGGUUGUAUUCAACAGUGGGAAAGAUUUGUUAAACCUGAUGCAGUCAAGUAUAUCAGACCUACAAUGGGGAAUGCAGACGCAAUUGUUCCAUCUUUGGCUGACAAUAGCGUUGCUGUACAACUUUUAAUUAGUCAUAUCAGAAUAAAACUACGGUUAAAAUCACAAGAACAUUUAUCCGAACUAAUCAAGUUGGGUAAUUCAGAUUUGAGAGACAUAUCUACACUCAAUACAGUCCAUGUCCUGGAACAAACUAACCAAGUCAGAUCCAUCAUGACUAUGCUAUUAGACAAAAACUUAAAAAGAGAUGAUUUUGUUUUCUAUUUUGAUCGUAUUAGUUCUAUAUUAGUUUCAAAUGCAUUAAAUGAUAUCCCAAUCAAAGAAUUGGUUACCAUUGAAACCCCAGAAGGUAAUACAAUAAACGAUGCAAUCAAAUGUGACUUUAAUUCAGUCAUGGCUGUAAACAUCAUUCGUUCAGGUGAUUGCUUCAUGAGAUCACUCAAAAAUACUAUCCCAAGUAUUGUCAUCGGUAAAUUAUUAAUUCAAUCAGAUUCUCAAACUGGAGAACCCCAAUUACAUUGCGAGUUUUUACCUCCUGAAAUUAAAGAAUAUAAAACCGUUUUCCUAAUGGAGGCUCAUAUCAUCACUGGUGCUGCAUCAAUCAUGGCAAUUCAAGUUUUACUUGACCACGAUAUCCCAUUAGAAAAUAUCAAAUUAGUAGUAUUCAUAGCUACUGAACUAGGUAUUAAACGUAUCUUAAAUGCAUUCAAUGACAAGAUUAACAUCUUCGCAGGUAAAAUUGUAACUACAAAAGAAAUUCAAAAUGAAGGUUGCGAAUGGUCUAUUACUAAAUUCAUCGAUACCAGAUAUUUUGGAUGUAAUUAG